AUGCAGCCAGCACGACCCCAGCUGGGGGGUGGCAGGGCCCCUGGGAGCUUUGCGCCCCUGCCUCGAAACGAGCCGAGCCAGGGCAACAACGCAUUCAACAGCAACCCAAACGCCAACGCAACCAGCAACAACUCCAGUGCCAACAACAAUAACAACAGGAUCCAGGGCGACUCGCAAUCCUUCUACUCCUCGGGUGUUAAUGCUGCUGCUGCCGCCGCCGCCGCCGCUUCUGCAGACCUGCCACCACCUCAGCGGCCGCGAGUGCGACGGGUCGAAUCAUCCUCGAGCGAAGACUCCAUCUCCAUACAUAUCGCGAAAGCACGCAGUCCUACGUCACAGUACAACCCACAGUUCCCACAACAGGCACCAUCGCCUGCGCCUGGCUCUUCCACCCCCUCCUACACACAGUUCACGACCGCCCACUCCAAUUCCAGCGCCGCCAGCCUGCAAAACUUCUCCCGCCCGACCCCCUCGCCCCUCGCCAACGCCGCCGCUGCCGCCGUCGCAGCGAGGUCAGUGGCCGGUAGCCAUGACCCACAACUCCGCAACGCUUCGCCUCUGACCCUGCCUCCAUCCACCGCGAGUAACACCGGCAUGAGCAGACCUCUGGGCCAUUCGCGCAAGCACUCGCAGAACGCCGGUGUCUUCGAGCCGUCCUUGCCUUCUAUCUCCACAUCGAAUCUAUCCUCUUACGGCGGUAUGUCUCAACAAUCACCCAGCCAGCGCGACCUUCCCGCGAGCCAUAUCGCGGCGCAGGCCGCCGUCCUAAGCCACCAGCAGUCGCAGCAGAUGCUGCAACAUUCAAGACAGCGCUCGCAGACAGUGCCUACGCCAAGCGAUCACUACGAAGCCCCACAGCCGACGGGCAAGAGAGGUAGCGGUCAGCUGAACCCCCCGGUGCUGAGCUUGACGGAGGCGAGCGCGCCGAGGGAAACAGGAUUUGGCAGCCAGGGAUAUCACAACGGGCUACUCGGGAGCAACGCUGCCACCACGGCGGCCAACGUUGUCUUCCCUCGAUCUGGACAGACGUCACCAAUAUCGAGCCAACUACCACCCCAGCCUCCACCGCCGCCGCCGCCCCUGCCGGAGAAAAAGCCAGAGAAGUCGUCCAAGGUGAAACUGUUCUCUCGGCCCGGCAAGAUCGGCACCAAGGGCGAGUCGAAGGACAAGCCGCUGCCCAGUCCGAGCAAGAUCGGUUCCGCCCUUUCUGCCUUGCAGAGGGCCAACUUCAGCACUACGAGUCUGGACUCUACGGGCCAGUCUUUCUACAAUAUGGCGAAUGCCUCCUCGGCGACGAUACGGCCCGUCGACCCGCCCGCUGAGAAAGAGGCGAAGGAGAAGAAACACCACUUCUUGUCCAGGCAAAGGAUCAAGCCCAAGGACAAAGAUGACUACCACCUGCAGCUGUCGUCUGCAGCGAGCAACUCGCGACCAACAGACCCAAGCGCCCCGAGCAGUAUUUAUAAUUUCAACGUACCAUCUAGCCCCGGCCCGAACUCGAGCGCGUUCAACUCGGGCACAUUCAAGAAUAUCAGUGGGCUUGACCUACGACAUGGUGGGCGAGCACUGAGACACGGCCGCAAGGAGGAAAAGGCCGAUGUAAAUGAAUCCGUCAGCAAUCCGAACGACUGGGCCGGGCCGGGAAGCUUGGGGUCCAUGCACGCACACCCUAUGUACCAGGAGCCGAUUGACUCGGCCAAGUAUGGCCUUAACAGCAUGUCAAUGGACGAUGCCUGGCCGUACCUGAGAGCAAAACUCCUCGUCAUCUUCGAGGCUGAAGAGCUUAAGCUGCCGAUCGAGGACUUCAACCGCGUUGUGAUACUGCACCUCCAGUACUGCAUACAACGGCGAUCUCCAAACAUGGUCUUGGAAGACCUUCGUGGCCUGCUGCAGACAGGGUUCCUCAGCCUCGACCGAAAUCUCCUCAAGGGCGCUGAAGACCGCAUGAUACCCGCCCUGGUAGACGCCUGGAUGGCCGUCUUCACACACAUCACGCCUUACCUACAGGCGGUAUUCUUGCCUCUGGACCAGGAAUUCGCCGGCAACGGCACGCUCAUGACGCCGGACCAGGCCCGCGACUUCUGGGGCGGUGUGAUAGCCAGCUCGCCGGCAGCCGACGGCAAUAUCAACCUUGCCCCGGCGUCGGCGGUACUCGACAUACGCACGCUGGUGCUCACGAGCUUCCGGGACGUGGUGAUCCUGCCGCGAUACGAGAAACUUAAGACCAUGUUCUCGCGGCUGUCGCUAGAGUUCCUGCCGGGCAUGGCGCUCGCGAGCCCGAUGCAGGCCGACACCUUCAUGUCCACCUCCCCCGGCGCAGAGUCGGCACCGGGGCUCCCAUUCGUGCCGCAACAGAGACCGGGCACGGCCAUGUCCCUGGACCCCUCUACGGCAAGCUACAACUCGACGUCGACGACGCUCCUGGGCGACCUGGCCGCGGGCGGGCGCAGCCGGGGCCUGUCCAACGUCUCGUUCGCGUCGAGCGGGGCGCACAGCAACGGCGGGUCGGACUCGCUGAACAUGUCGUCGGCGCACUCGCUGCGGCCCCCGAAGCUGACGCCCGGGAAUAGCAGCCUCAGCCUGGGCGGCGGCGGCGGGCCAGGGCCGGGAUCCUCGUCGACGUCGCUGCUCGGCCUGUCGCUCCGCGAGCAGAACGUCGAGGACAGCAAGCAGGUCACCGAGAUGGUCGGGCGGAUGCUGCAGUGCAUGAGCGUGCUGGCGGGGACGGGCCAGGGCGAUGACGACGGCACGAAGUCGGUGCAGGAGCUGAGCCGGCUGCUGAAGCUCAACUGGCUCGGCAGGGGCCGCACGGGAAGGAACAGGAGGGGCAUCGUCGGCGGACGGGUCGCGAGAGGCAACAGCAACCGCGAGGAGAUCAGCGUUGCUUAG